AUGAAAGCUUAUUGAAUUUUUUGCUUUUUCUUCCAAAUUAUUAGGUGUCAAAUGCUUAUAGGAUUAUUUUAUAGCAAUUUGACAGACAUAGAGUUUGCAAAUAGUUUAUCAGUCUCACUUUUGCAAACUUUUGCUGACCAAAUAACUCUAAAGAAUGUAUUAAUAUCUUCUUGCUCUGAAGAAAAAAGAAUAGCAGAAAUUGUUGCAUGACCAAUCAAGAGCUACCUCUUAAUUUUUUUUUCUUCAGAUCAGAUUUUUGCUCGUCUGAAAGGAUUUUCUUGAUGUCAUGCUCUAUAAUCAGGUAUAUGGGCUCUAGGUCCUAAGAUAGAAUUGUUGGUGAGAUGGACCGGCAUCAAGUUCGAGGCAGGAUAAAUUGCGCGAACCUCUGAUGAUUCAAAGUAAGAAGAGAUGUGGAUCGUCUGAGUCAAGAUGAAAGCCAAUCCCACAGCUCAUCAGACCAAAUGGGGAUAUGCAAGCUAUUGAGCGAAAUUGCAUUAAAAAUGGGUAUUCUGGAGAAUACAAUGGACAAGAAAUGCGAAAUAAGCCGCCUUGCACCGCUAGCUUUGGGAAUAAAACUGACAUAGAGCUCUAACUAGAUUCAUUCCCCUUCUUGCUCUGACAUUUUGCAUCAAGACGGAGACAUACAAGCCAUAAUUGACUUGACUUCAAGCUUUUCUUUGGCUGAGUGCAUCAAUAGCUUCGCGAGUCAAAUCCAAUCAAUAGUAAUCAGUCUUGAAAAUAUUGAAAACUCUUACAGUGAUUGGAGGUUUUUUACCCACUACUCAUCAAAAGCGCAUCAAAAUGCGCUUUCAACCCUUGUUGAUUUUUUAAAUUGAAAUAAAUUUAUUGUGCUUUCUGAUGAAUUGCAAAAACAAAUUCCCUAUGAGUUUCCGAAUAAAACAGUCAGCUUUUUUAUAUGUGCUAACACCAAAGACCAAAAUUUGGCUGAUUUAUUUGUGGGAAAAGCAAUUAAAAAAAUUGGUACAAGAAAUAUCGUCAUUUUAGCGGAUGGGGAAAGUGCAAAAUGAUUAUUGCAAAGUUUAAAAGAAAAAAAUAUUUUUAAUUUUGGCAGCGGGGUAGUUUUGGGAAGCAAAAGUUUUUGAGGCACUGAUGAAAAUGGUAUUUUGGCAUAUGUCGAGGAAGGUUUAGAAAACUCAUUUGAUUAUAUAAGUUAUGAAUCCUUAAGCUGUAUAAGUUUUAUUCGAUUGAUUUUAAAUUUCAGCGAAGGGCAAAAUAGAGAGUCAUUGAGAGAUCUUUUAGAAAAAGAAACUUUUGAGCAUCACCCGCUUCCAAGGUUUUCUUUGCUGAAUGUACAAAAUAAUAAAUGAGCUAAAGUAGGCGAAAUUUUCCAUAAUGAAGCCACAAUAGCCAGCCAGAUCAUAUUUCCUGGAAAUUCCACCCUAUUUCCUAAUUCCCCAAUUACAAGUAUUCCUAUAUCUAUGGCAGAUGGGGACACCAAUCCAGGUUUCCCAGAUAGCGCUUAUGGAAGUGCAAUAAAAUGAGGAGCAAAUUACGCAUUAGAAUAUAUAGUAACCUCCCAUUUUUUUGACGGAUUUGAGUUUCAGGUUGUGCACACAGAUUGUGGAGCAGAUGUCUACAACGCAACUUUCGCCUUUAACUGCUUCAGCAAGGUAAAAGACCGCCUUGGAGUUGGCUUUUUAACAAGCUACGCUACAAGUGCUUGUGUAGGAUACAUCAAUACCCUUCGUAAAUUUAAUGUUUCGAUCCCUCAUAUAUAGAAAAUUUCCCAUAGAUGGCGCUUUUUGCCCUUGAUUUGCCCAUGAGAAAAAUUUUUUUGUUUGACCAGACCAUAUGGUACUGGUCGAACCAAAAAAUUUCCCCAGUGGGCAAAUCAAGGGCAAACAGCGCCAUCUAUGGGAAUUUUCUAUAUCAGAGUUUGCUCCACACGUGGAAUUAACUGAUGAAGCUAUGUUUCCUGAAUUUAUGAGAGUUUAUAAGGAGCAAAGAUUCAAUGUAGGUGUGCUGUUCAGUCUUUUAUCAGUGUUCAAUUGAAAGCAUAUCAAUGUGUAUUAUAUUAAUUCUCUUCCAAAUGUCGCAAUCUAUAACUAUUUUGAAGCAUUGGUGAAUAAGUCAAAUAUCAAAAUUGAAAAUGAUAGAAAUGAAAGGAUGAUUAAUGCUAAAGAUAGGGUAUGGGGUUAGUGUGACCUCAGAGCUGGUUUGGAGCAGAAGCCAAGUUUUUUGGCUUUCUGAUACAUUUUGAUGAAUCAAACUCGCUUUGGCAAAACCAAGCCAUUGUGGCUAUAUUUGUCAAAUCGAGCUUGGCUUGUUAGAAUACUGCAGAUAAGCUAAUAAGCUUGGUUUUUCCUCCAAGCCAGCUCCGAGAACAUGCUAAUAGCUUGCUUAAGCUAUAAUUAUCGGCACAGUGAUUUUGAAAGGUAUAAGCCAUGGCUACUAAAAGCCCUCAAUUCAAACGUCAGAAUUUAUAUUCUUUUAAUCUCACCACCAUGGCUGUUUUACUUUAUGGAAGAUUUAUAUGAUCUUGGUUUUAGAAGAAACAAUUUUUUGCUUUUACACUUUGCCAAAGUUACUUUUUAUACAUUAACUGAAACAGACCCAACCCAAAUACACAAGCUGAAUGAACUAUUUUUUAAUUGUAUAAUUAUUGAUCAAAUUGACUGAGUAGGAGAAUAUGGGAAACAGGUUAAAAACAGUAUUGAAAAGCAGCACAGCUCCCGAGGAGAUGCUCUAGUCUACAGGUGCUUUUCUUUUGACUCUGCAAUGCUAUUGGCAAAUGGCAUUAAAUAUACAAUUACUCAAGGAAAUAAUAUAGAAGAUUCCUCAAUCUUGAACUCGAAUCUGAGAAAGCAAAAGUUUACAGGCUGCUCAGGAACUGUCUCAAUAGCUCCUGGAUCUAAUGAUAGAAGCACAGGACUGAUGGGAGUAUUUAAUUUUAGGUGGGACGAAAAGCAAAACUCAUUGGACGACUAUCUUGUCGGAAAAUAUGAUUGAGGCAGCACCCAGCUCUUUUCUUUUUAUCAAACAAUAAUAUGAAAUGAUAAUACAACUACCACUUAUCCGUCUGAUAUGAUUAUGGAAGGAGAAUGUCCUUUUGAUGAAAAAUUAAUUGAAUAUUCGACUAAAGGUGCAGCUAUUCUCUAUGGCUUUUGUUUUUUUGUGCUUAUUAUCGCAGCUAUGGCAACCUGCUUUGCAUGGAAAAGCUGAAAGCACAUUAGAAUUGUUAAUCUAAGUGUUAAAACACAAGCAAAAUUUGAAGACUAUCUUGAACACUUGAUCAUUUUUAUAAACUUUUUACAAUUUUUAGCUAUGAGUCCUGAUAUAAAAGAAUAUGAUGAAUAUUCCAGCUUACUUGCUGGCUAUGUUGCUUUGAACUUAAAUUGAAUGAUAGAAAAAAAUAAAUUUUGGUAUUUAACAUAUAUAAUUUUAGGUGCUGCAGGGACAUGAAUUUAUAUCAGCUUAAAUAUACUUUUAGCGGUUGAUGCGAAAUAUUCGUUCUUUAUUUUUUAUUUUUUAGGAGAUUUUGCUCAAACAUUAGUUUUGAUUCUCGGUAAUAUUUUAUUUCUACCUAUUGUAUCAUUUUUAAUAAGUAUAGUUCAGUGCGAUCAAGCUAUUGGUAAUGAGCUUUCAAAUAGUUUUGUGAGAUGAGACUGCUCAAUUUUUUGCUGAAAAGAUAUAGGCAUAUCCUGUAAAUAGCCCGAUAUGGGCUAGGAAUAGAGGGCAAAUUUCCCACUUGGCUCUGCCAAAAUGGAUCGGUCGAACCAAGCGGGAAGUUUAGGCCUCUAUCCCUAGCCCAUAUCGGGCUAUUUACAGGAUAUGCCUAUACUCAUUUAUACAUUGGCGCACUCUCAAUUUCUAUUUUAAUUAUUUAUUUGCCACUUGCAAUUUUCUUGAAGCCCUAUUGAAACUACUCGAAUGACCAUAUCAAUAUAAGAGUUUCUCCUCUUUACCUGAUUUCAAAAGCAAUGCUUCAAGUUGUCAUUGUCAUCUUAAAUAAAAUCCUAAAACCCUUUAAUCAAUCUUUAUAUGGGUUUAUUUACAUUGUAUCCUUUAUCUUGUUUUUCCUGAUUUUACGGAAGAAAAAAUUUUAUAAUUACCAUAGGUGUAAUUUAUGGACAAAUAUUUCGUAUUCUGCAUUGAUAUGAAGUGCUAUUAUUUCGUCCUUAUAUUGGACUUACCCUAAUAAACUAGAUAAUGUAUGAUUUGCACUCCAAUACCUUGGGUGGUCAUCAAUGCUUAUCGCUGGAAUAUAUAUGAACUGUAAAUAUUAUCCCAGCUUACUUGAUGCUGGAAAACAAUUCGAUAUCAGUCUGCUAGUUAGAUUUUCUUUUGGAAAAAAAGUUAGCGCCAAGGAGAUCAAUAAAGUUAGGCAAGAGGUUUUGUGCGAAACCAAUUUUGUUCAAAAUGAAUUAGAAAGUAAAGAAAAUUUAACAGAGCGCUAG